GGAAGUACUUAUUGUCGAUUGUUUUUAUUUACAAGAAAAAGCUUUGCGAAUCAACCCCUUUUUACCCAACAUUAUACAUUUAAACGAAAAACAACUAUGAUCAAGGCUAUUCUCAUUUUUAACAACCAUGGGAAACCAAGACUCAUUCGUUUCUACCAAUAUUUCACAGAAGACAUGCAGCAGCAGAUUAUUAGGGAGACUUUUCAUCUGGUGUCCAAAAGAGAUGAUAAUGUCUGCAAUUUUCUGGAGGGUGGAAGUUUAAUUGGAGGUUCGGACUACAAGCUGAUCUACCGACACUAUGCCACUUUGUACUUUGUGUUUUGUGUGGACUCAUCAGAGAGUGAGCUAGGGAUUCUUGAUCUUAUUCAGGUAUUUGUGGAAACCCUGGACAAAUGCUUUGAGAAUGUGUGUGAGCUGGACUUAAUCUUUCACAUGGAUAAGGUACAUUACAUUCUCCAGGAAGUUGUCAUGGGAGGUAUGGUGUUGGAAACAAACAUGAACGAAAUAGUUGCGCAAGUGGAGCUGCAGAACAGGAUGGAGAAAUCAGAGGGUGGACUGUCUGCAGCACCAGCACGAGCUGUCUCGGCAGUGAAAAACAUGAACCUGCCUGAAAUACCCCGUAACAUCAAUAUCGGAGACAUCAAUAUAAAAGUGCCCAGUCUUUCCCCAUUUUGAGGCUGCAUGUUACUUACUAUUACCGGUAUAUUCUUUGUUGUUAUUGGACGCUGAGCUUCAUUGCCAUAGAUACCGUUUCCCUGAUGCCAUUUAUGGACUCAUGACUGACCAUAGUCAACAGGAUUUUUAAACCCUGAGGACCUAUAUUUCAUUUUAAUUUAGUUGAAAGCACACUACUGGGUCCAAAAAUGUAUAAAAUAACCUCUCAUUUCAAACUUUGAUUGUAGAAUUGUUUUGUAUUUUGUCUGUGAUGUAGCAACAUUCCAACAAACAGCAUUGUUUGAUUUGUGUGUUUUCUGCCAAUAUUUCAACCACUAAAACUGUAAAUGUUACACAUGUAUUAUUUAAAUUGUAUGCAGUAUCAUUAAAAUACUGUUUUUGUCCAAUUUCAGGUCUUGUUAAUUA